AUGGCCUUAUGUGUUCUCUGUGAUUGUUUAUCCGAAUUUUUUAUUUAUCACAAAUUACAAAGAUCUGUAAUCAGUGUUUUUUAUCGAAUAAAAUAAUAAUUAAUCAAUUAACAAUUUUUUGUUGGAAAUGGAGCUGAAGGACAUCAGAUCUAUAAUCGAACAAGAUGAAUAUUACAGGGAAGCUUUACAGUCUUUUAUUACUAAGACAGAAAAGACAUUCACAUUUCCUGCUUUAGACGAGAACAACUUGAGAGCUGAUUUAUGGAAAAGCUUAUAUGCAAUCGCCAACACUACUUCGGAUGAGCAAAUACAAGCAAACUGUUGUUCAGCACUUCGAAUUUUAAGUCGUGAAAAGAGUUGUCUAAAUCAAUUUCUCAGAGAGAUUGAUUGGUUGAAUUUAUUGAAAAGAUUUAGUGGUCUGCAUGAUAUCAACAGAGAAUUUACUGAACGGUCAAAAAUUCUUGCUCUCGAAGCUCAAAAAUGUCUCUGUAAUCUAGUGUUCAACAGUAACAAAGCUGCUCAAGAAUGCAUUGAGAAUGAUAUAUUAUAUAAUACAAAUGAAAGAAUUAGGUUGUACAGCAACUCAUCAUACCCAGAAGAGAUGAGAUUUUUUGAUAUAAAACUAUUAUUUAUAAUCACUGCUGUACGUCCUGAAGCAAGAAAAAUAUUGAGAGAACAAAAAAAUGCUGUUCAAAAUUUAAUGGCAUACCUUGAAUAUAUACUUAUGGGUCAUAAAAUACUUAAAGAGGAACCAGCCCAAAUGGUAUGUGAAAUUUUGAAAGCUCUAUUCAAUUUAACAGUAUUAUUACAAGCCAAUGGGGAAGAUAAAGAGCAGUACAUAAAAUUGAUGCAAAUGCUGAGAAAUUAUUUAUUGUUACCUAUUGAAUCAAAGGAACAAUCUUCAGCACUACAUAACCAUGUUGUGCAUUUAUUGACCAAUAUACCCAAUAUUUUUUAUACAGAAUUAAUACCUCCUUUAAGUUCUGUACAGGAUGAAACAGAUAUAACACAUCUGGAAUUUCAUGGACAUGAUGUUUCAGCUUUAGCAGUGAUUUUGGAAUUAUUGAGAGUUAAAUUAGCAGUUGACUGUCCAGUUUGCCAACAGCUUGAAAUAAUUUCUCCGACUGCCACUGUACUAUAUAAAGGGGCUUGUAGCAAUAGGCUUAUACGAAAAUAUUUACGUUUCGAAAUAUUACCACCUCUCAAGGACGUCUACAGUCGUCCUGAAGAAGGAACUGCUCUGAGAAACUGUUUGUGUCGCUUAUUGACAACGCCAGUUACUCAUUUGAGGGAUAUAAUUGCCGAAUUUCUGUUCGUUCUAUGCAAAAAAAAUGUGAAACGUAUGGUUAAAUAUACUGGAUAUGGAAAUGCAGCUGGUCUUCUUGCCCAAAGAGGUUUGCUUGGUGGUCGGGAAGAUGAAGAAGCGGCAGAAUUCAGCUCAGAUAAUGAAGAUAGCGAAACUGAAGAAUAUGCAGAAAAUAAACACAAUAUUAAUCCUGUUUUAGGUUGUUAUGAACCAUCACAUCCUGAUGCAAUGGCUGGAAUGACCGACGAACAGAAAGAGUAUGAAGCAAUGAAGAUAAUAAAUCUUAUGGAUGCUUUAACAAGAGAGGGAACCAUCAAACCCUGCAAAAUAGAUGAAAAUGGGAAGCCUGUGCCCAUCGAACAUGUUCUGGAGCUACAAGAUAGCUUCAAGAAAAAAGAAAGGUUCAACAAAACAAAAGAAUGAAUGUUGAUUGGAUUGGAAAUAUCUAUAAGGAACUAGCUAUUGCUUAAUCAUUUUUUAUUAUGAAUAUUGAUUUGUUAGCCACAUUUCCACCAAUGUGGUAAAUUACUGUCUCUGUAUUGUGUCUAUUUUUUACCCAUCUUCAUUCGCAUAUUUAUAAUCAAUGUGUACUUUGAGUAAUUAUCGAGUCUGCUAAAUUUUAAUCAACUCAAUACAAACAUAACAUGUCAUGUCUAGAAAAAGUAAAAAUUUUUAAAAGU